GGUCACCCGCAAAAGACGCAUGCGCUAAAGCGUUUGAGCCCCAAAGAUUUACGUUUUGGCUUUAAGCUGACAUAUCGCCAUCCAGGCACAUAUAUAUAUGCAGAUGCAGAUGCCUCUCUCCGUCAUUGACAAUUAGCUCUUUUACCUGUCGUCAAGACUACAUGUACUUAUUACUCAUACUGACCGUUAUAUUAAGCACUUCCCAAGUCACCCAAAAAUGGCUUCUUAUGAGUACAAUGAAAGUAACCAAAGAGUCCUCUUUGGAGAAGACAGCCUUUCCAAACUCCCCUCCGAACUCUCCAAGCUUGGCUGUACCAAGCCACUCAUCCUCACAACGCCCAGCAAGGCAUUCUACGUUGACGAUGUCGCCAAACUUUUGAGCGGCCAGAUUGCUGGCUCAUUCACCCGAGUCACUAUGCACACGCCCAAAGAGGUCACUGAAGAGGCUUUGGGGUACUCCACCCAUGUCGAUGCCGACUGUUUUGUGUCAAUUGGCGGUGGCAGUGCUGUCGGCCUUGGUAAAGCAUUGUUUGUUCGGACGGGGUUGCCUCAUAUCUGCAUUCCGACGACAUACGCAGGCAGUGAAAUGACGCCGAUUGUGGGCCAGACGGAGAAUAGGGUAAAAGUUACUCACGUUGAUCGCAAGGCAAUACCCGCAGUAGUCAUCUACGAUGUGAAGUUAACAUUGACACUGCCGACAAACAUAAGUGCAACAAGUGGCCUCAAUGCUAUGGCCCACGCUGUGGAGGCUUUAUAUGCUCCAGACGCCAACCCGAUCACCAGCACGUUCGCCAUCAAAGGCAUACAGACCUUGGCUACAUCGCUGCCCCAAAUAAUGCAAAAUCCCAAAGAUAUCGCCGCACGUUCAGAUGCCUUGCUUGGUGCUUGGCUUUGUGGCAAAUGCCUUGCCGGGGCCAGCGUAUCGUUGCAUCACAAACUCUGUCAUGUCCUUGGAGGCACCUUUAAUCUUCCUCACGCCGAAACGCAUGCCAUUAUCUUGCCUCAUGCGCUCGCAUAUCUAGCCCCAAGUAUCCCCGAAGUUAUGAGAGAGUUGGCAGAAAAUAUCCCGGAUAGCGAUGGGAAUGCUGUCAAUGGCCUGAACAAACUGUUAUCUAAACUGGGGAUUACUUAUAGCCUCAAGGAUCUUGGAAUGAAAGAAGAAGGUAUUGAUUUGGCAGUCGAAACACUGCUACAGAAGCCAUUUUGGAGUCCUAGAACGAUUGAGAAGGACGCAGUAAGAGAGCUGUUGAAGCGAGCAUGGGAUGGAAAACCGGCGCAGAUUGCAGAAUGAGAGGCUAUAACUUGGGAAAAUUUCCGGCCGCAUAUAGUUAUUCACGAACUUAUAAAGCUCAUUCAGAUUCAAUCUCCACCUUCUCAAUCUUGUUUCUAUAGCCUGC